GUCGAUAAGGACGACUUUAGAUUAAAAACCAGACUCUCUCACUCUAUCUAGACACUGCUGCCGCUUCGACACAGCAGAUUGUACUCCGACUGUCGCCGCCGAAUCAACGGCGGUUUCCCCGCCGCAGACCAUCAUCAUCGUCGCCUCUCUCUCUCUCUCUCUCUCUCUCUCUCCUCUCUCUCCUCUUCUCUUUUCAUCUUCUCUAUUCAUACCAACGGUGGUGGAACCCCCACGAUGGUAUCCAGAUCCAUCGUCUGGAUUUUUUAGAGAUGUGAAGCCGUUCUUCCAGAUCGUGAUAUCCAAAUCCAGAUACGUUGCCUCAUCCUUUGUGGCUUUACAUAGCUAUUCAAUCUCCUUCGGCGUUGUAGAAAAUUAUCUUCAAAUUUGAAUCGAGUGCUUCAGUUUCUCUCCUCUGCUUCUGCAAUGGCGUCUUUCGAUCAAGCUCCUCCUGGCGACUCCAAAUCUGGAGAGAAGAUCUUCAGGACCAAGUGCGCU